UGUAUCGCGAACCGUCGUUGAGUACGGAGCCUUCAACAACGCUCUCUGGUUUCACUACGCUGUAAGCUGGCAAUUCAGUGUUCUACAAUUGCGCAGUGAGUGACCGUCUAGUGGUAGUGCUAGGAGCUGCUGUUUCCUCUGGCCAAGAAUUCAAUAUUAUCAACAAUACGGAAGACAUCUUUCCGUCUGCAGUGACAUUUUAUUUUACAUCUACCAACGCUCAUACAAGUCUCAACAAACUUCUGAGACACGUGUUGAUCCACGAAAAUGAUUCUACAACCAAGAAGCUGAAGAUGUCGCAAAACGUUUGGCAACACAACAUGCUGUCAACACGAAAGCCCUACGUCAACUUGCACCAUGACGCUGAUGUGCCUGCCGUUCAAGACGAAGGGCAACUACACGUUGCCCGCGGCGGAGUCGAAGCGCAAGUCAGAGGCCAACAGCGAGACCUUCCACCACACGCCGCCAGGCUCCAGCACCAGCCGCACCCCCAGGCCCACGGCGCAGAGGGAGAAGGAGGCGGAGAUCGGACGGCGCCAGGCGCAGUGGGGAGGCCCCGCGCCGGCGCCCGGCCGCCCCGAGGACCUGCAGGCGCCGCGCCACAGCAAGGACGAGCAAUCUCGACGCCUUAUUGAAGAUGGACUCAAGAAAAAUGACUUUCUAAAGAACUUAGACCCACCACAGAUAAAUGCUGUUGUUGAUUCUAUGUACCUGAAACAUGUCAAAAGCAACACUCUUAUCAUUCAAGAAGGAGAUGAAGGUUCACACAUGUACAUCGCCGCUGAAGGCAGAUUUGAAGUAAUCAAAGGUGGGAAAGUCCUGAGAGAAAUUUCAAAUGGUGAAGUAUUUGGAGAACUUGCUCUUCUCUACAAUGCGAAGAGACAGGCCUCCAUCAGAGUUUUGACAGACUCAAAAGUAUGGGCAUUGGACAGGAAGGUUUUCCAGCAGAUAAUGGUGCGCACUGGAGUGAAACAGAGGGAAGACUACAUACGUUUCCUCCAAAGUGUACCAACAUUUAAAGGGAUUCAUAUCUCAGUGCUUGCCAAAAUCUGUGAUCUAAUUCGUGUGGAAUUCUAUCCUACAGACAAACAAAUCGUUAAGGAAGGUGAUGUUGGAAACACUUUUUAUAUUGUUAGUGGAGGAAGUGUUAAAGUAACAAAACGAAAUCCAGAAUCUGGGGUAGAAGAAGAAUUACAAAGUCUUCACCGAGGAAAUUUCUUUGGAGAAUUGGCUCUCUUAAACAAUGACCGCCGGAAAGCAACAAUUACUGCCCUAAGUCCAGGAGCUGAAUGUCUGGUUCUUGAUAGAGAACCUUUUAUAGAGUUCUUGGGUCCUUUGGAUGCUAUUAGAGAGACAGUUUGGGAACCAAUUGAGGAACCACGCAGUCAGGAAGUGAAAGAAGAAUAUACUCAUAUUGCAUUAAAAGAUCUCGAACAUAUUUCAACUCUUGGUGUUGGUGGAUUUGGCAGAGUAGAGCUUGUUCACAGCCGCAGAGAGAAGAAAACAUUUGCUCUGAAGUGUCUAAAGAAGGUUCAUGUAGUGCAGCAACAGCAACAGCAGCAUGUAUAUAAUGAAAAGAAAGUAAUGUUAGAAUGCAAGGAGAGCCCAUUUGUAAUAAGGUUGUAUAGGACAUACAAAGAUAAUAAAUAUAUUUAUUUCUUAAUGGAACCUUGCCUUGGAGGUGAUGUUUUCACAAUGCUCCAGAAACAUCAUUUAUUUCAAGAAGCAACAGCUCGAUUUAUGACAGCUUGUGUUGUCGAAGCUUUUGAUUUUCUUCAUAAAAGAAAUAUUGUGUACAGGGACCUUAAACCUGAAAAUGUGAUGCUAGAUUCAAAGGGUUACGUAAAAAUGAUUGACUUUGGAUUUGCUAAGAAAGUACCUCCAGCUUCCAAAACAUGGACAUUUGCUGGAACUCCAGAAUAUGUUGCUCCUGAAAUAAUACUUGGCAAGGGACAUGACAGAGCAGUUGAUUACUGGGAAUUAGGCAUUUUUAUGCAUGAACUUCUUGUGGGCAGGCCACCCUUCAGAGGGUCAGACCACAUGAAAACAUACAAUAUGAUUCUCAGAGGUAUAGAAGCAGUUCAUUUUCCUAGACAAGUAUCAAAAGUCGCGAGCCGUCUUAUACGUAGGUUAUGUCGUGCUGUGGCUACAGAGCGUCUUGGUUACCAAAGAAAUGGAGUGCAAGAUAUUAAAGAUCAUGAUUGGUUUCAUGGAUUCAAUUGGAGUGCUUUGCAAAAAGGCACAAUGAAAGCUCCCAUAGUUCCUCAGCUUUCUGGACAAAGUGAUACUCGCUAUUUUGACAAGUAUCCAAGAAAUAAGGAUAUUCCUCCUGAUGAAUUUUCAGGUUGGGAUAAGGAUUUCUAAAUAUUUUUCAGUUUGAAGCAGUUUAAAUGAUAAAAUAAUUUUUUAUCGUAAUCUACUUCUUGCCUUGAUUAUGUUCUAUGAAAGACUCUGAUCAGUAGUUUGACAAAAAAAUGUACAAAAUUUAUACAAGGACACAUUUUGUAAUUUUUCAAGAACACAUUCUGAUCUUUAAUCUUUGUUUCUCCAACAUAUGUUGAAAUAUUCAUUAGACUUUUAAAACUGUAAGAUAGCGAGUUUGAUUGUGAUGCUGAAAAAUUGUAUAAGGUGGUUUGAAAGUAUCUUUACUUUUCAUGGUUUUUUGAAAAAUUGUGGUUUAAGACAUGAUACAUUUCAAAAUAAGUUAAUAUUUAUGUUAAGUUGGACCUUGACUGUCUUGAGACCGAAAUAGUGAGAUGCAUGAUCAUUUGAUUACAGGUAGUUUAAUAAUAUUCUUCAAAAUUCUUAAAACAUUGAAGUUUACUUUUCAGAAAUUUCAGUUCUUAUAUUUGUAUGUCCUGAUGAUGCUCCCUUUUUACUCACUAAAGUAAUUAAUACUCUUCAAUAAUGCACUGAAUAAGACCCAUAAUUUUUACUUUAUCUUGAAAACAAUUCUUGUAGUUAUUAAGAACCAAGAAUUGUAAAAUGUGCUUCCUGAAAGUCAAUUAUCAUUUAUUCUUCAAAUGAUACCCAAACAACGUCAAGAAACCACUGCAAGUGCUUUUUAGAGUUCCAAUAAUAGUGGUAACAAAAAAAUAAUCACAUUUUGUAUGUUAUGUUUAUUUGUGUUUUACUUUUCCCAUUCUUAUUUAGAAUUUGAAAAUAUUUCUGAAGUACUGGACAACCAAAUUGAUAAUUUUCUCAGAAAAUAAAAAAUAAUGUUUGUCUCGUGUUUCAUGGAGUUAUUUAAAUGAUGGUAUUUGAGUAACUUAAUAAAAAUGUAUGUGUGUAUUCAAUACAGAAGUGAUGUGCUGGCAAAGUAAUUUUGAUGGAGUAUUUGUAAAGCAUUGAGGAAAGUGUAAUGUCUUUUGCAAAGAAAUAAGAAUAUAUAGAAUUAAUUUAUUUAUUAUAAAAAUUUAAGAUAAAUUAGAUUAUCUUAGUAUUGCCACAUACAAUGCAAUAAAUAGUAAUACUUUAUUUGAAAGAAAGGCAAACACCAAUAUUCGGUUCUUUGGUACAGGAAUUUUUAGUUUGUUACUUUGUCUUUGCCAAUACAACUUGUUACAAAUAGAACAGAAACAAUCACGAGAAAAGAAAAGAGAAAUUAUUGAGAAUGAAGGGCUUUUUAAAAAUGUACAUAUUUAAGUAGAUUCUUUCAUGACAAUUACUUUUAUAUAUCUCAUUAAUGAAUGUUGCAGCAGAAACAGAGUGCACCUAAAUUUGCACAAAAUAGGCACAGAAGGGAGAUCAAAAGACAGAUAAGAAAUAGAAUAAAAUAUUUUUUACUGAACUGAAACUUGAUUCUAAAUAUCUAUUAGCAGUCAUAAACAAAUAGAUAAUAAAAAAUAGAAAAUCUUACAGAAAAUUAUUUUAAAAACAUUUGAAUAUCUGAUAUAUCAUGGUUGUAAUACAAUUUCAUUCAUUACAAUGUUAAUUAAUUCAGUGACCUCAUGGAAUCUUCAUCUGUGAUAUUUGAGUAUGUCAAUACCACUAAGCCUCUUGUCUCCCAUUGUAAAUCAAGUGGACUUGUCUUGCUAAACAGUAAUAUAUUACAAAAAUAUUCAGGAAGCACCCCAGCAAUUAAUUCUGCCAUAAUCUUCUUUUCUACUAGGAGUAGACAAUCCUUGACCAGAUUGCUGAUAUUUUACUAAAAUAAAAAAUGUCUCUAGAAAAUAUUUUGAAUAUAUUUUCAGUAUCUCGUCAGAAAUAUUUUCAAUUGUUUUAUAAAAUGAUACUAUGUGCCUAGUAAAAGGAAUAGUUUCUCAAAACACACAAAACAAAAACAUUAACAAGAAUAAUCUAAAGCUACUGUUUCAAAAAAUUUGUUGUAACUUAAAAAAUAUCAAAACAAAAAUUGUAUACAGAAAAAGUAAUGUUCAUGGUACUGAUUUUGAAAAUAUUUUUGAAAAAAUAAGACCUGAGAAAUAUUUUAAACUGCAUAUUGUAUGCAGUUAAAAUAUUUAACAGCUAUUUAAGAAACACGUAUUUCAGUUUUCACAAAUUGUAAAUAAAAGUGAAUUUGUUUGUUUAUAGAUAUUUGAUAAUUAGCGUUUUAUGGUUGAACUUACAACCAACAUAUCACACAUUCAAAAUAUUAUUUUGCAUGUACUUGUGUCAACUCUGCCAGUGCUUAUGCUUUUAAAAGUCAUAAAAAUAGUGUUUCAAAAUCAACAUUGAAGUAUAUUAUUGAUAAAUUAAGUUGUACAUUAGCAAAGUAUAUUUUUGUGAAAACUGUUUUGUUUUUUAUUUUCAUUACCAGUUUAGAUCUGAACAGUAUUAUGAGAACAAAAUAUGUUUUAAAAUUCAUGGCAGUACUGUUGUUAUAAACAACUACAGCAAUGUAAAGGGAAUGGCUUAGCCUGUUAAAAACCUAAUAUUUUAAAAGUUUCUUUUAAGUUUUGUAUUGACAACCAAUCAAUUUUCAUGAAGAUUAUCAUACUCAUCCUAUGCAAUAUGUUGUAUUUAUGGCUAUUUUUGUAAAUAAGUGAUGAUGUUGUAUGAGGUUAACAUGAGAUUAUGUAUGUAUACCAAAUUAAGGCAUUCAAAAAUAAAUUUCUUAACACUUUGAUAUCAUCUGCAAGUAUGCAUGUGUUGGAUUUAUUAAAAUGAAGCCAUUAAAACAAGUCUGUUCUAAUGUACUUAUGAACAAAAUAAUUCUCUGAAAGUUUGUGGGACCUGCAUACAGAUGAGAGAGAGGGCUUAUGCCUUUUUCCCUCCUUUCGUGGGCAGAUUAUGAUAAUGGUGGUUUGCCUUUGGCUUCCACUGUAUGAAUAGUAGGGUGAACACAGAGAAAGGAAUCAUGGCAGUUUUUUAAAUUUUAUUUCUUUUAUUUGUAAUGAGCAGUCAGUUUACAUAUUGAUAAGGUCCACACAGGAAUAGCAUACAAUUGUGUAAAUAAUAAUAAUAAUAAAACCAAA